UCUUGCGGCCAUCGCUGGAUCGCAGCCGCCAAAAUGAAGUUCAAUCCCUUUGUGACUUCUGACCGGAGCAAGAACCGCAAACGGCAUUUCAAUGCGCCUUCUCACAUUCGGAGGAAGAUCAUGUCUUCCCCCCUUUCCAAAGAGCUGAGACAGAAGUACAGUGUUCGCUCGAUGCCCAUUCGAAAGGAUAACGAAGUUCAGGUUGUCCGGGGACACUACAAAGGCCAGCAGAUUGGCAAAGUGGUCCAGGUGUACAGGAAGAAAUACGUCAUCUACAUUGAACGGGUGCAGAGAGAAAAGGCUAAUGGCACAACUGUCCACGUGGGCAUCCACCCCAGCAAGGUGGUGAUUACCAGGCUAAAGCUGGACAAAGACCGAAAGAAGAUUCUGGAAAGAAAAGCCAAGUCUUGA